CAUGCGAGCUCUCAGCACACGCUUCAACGACACGCCUCACCUUGCCUCCCGGCCGUUUGACAAGUCAAGAGAUGGCUUCGUAAUGGCAGAGGGAGCAGGCGUUUUGGUGCUUGAGCACCUAGACCAUGCGGUGCAGCGUGGUGCAAAGGUGUACGCCGAGGUUCGAGGAGCAGGCAGUUCAGCAGACGCCUUCCACAUCACACAGCCAUCUCCUCUCGCCACGGGCGCUGUGCUGUGCAUGCGAGCUGCUCUCAAGGAGGCUGGCCUGCAACCAUCGGAUAUUGGGUACCUCAAUGCCCAUGCCACCUCCACUCCCCUUGGUGAGUGA